AUGAGAACCUCUGCUUCAUCGGAAAACACCAACAGUAACUCAAUUGUCGGCUAUAACGAGCCAACUUCGGUGCUCGACCUCCGUAGAAGCCCAAGCCCUGCUACGGCGGAGGAGAAACCAGUCAUCACCGACGCUAGUGAUAAUCAAUUCCCAUUAGAUGAUCAUGUAAUGCGUUCCAUGGAUUGGGAUUCAAUCAUGAGAGAAUUAGAAUUAGAUGACGAUUUUACCCCUACUUUGAAAUCAAAUUUCCCAACUUCUGCCAUUUCGCACCACUUCUCCGUCGACCCACAGCUUCCUGUUUUUCCCGAUCAGCUUAAUCCGCCGGAGUUUCGAUCCUCCUCCGAUGUCUACGGGUUUGAUGAUGGAGGUUUUGAUUUCAUCGAAGAACUAAUCCGAGUAGUGGACUGUAUCGACUCGGACGAGUUACAACUCGCUCAGGUGGUAUUGUCACGGCUCAAUAACCGUCUCCGAUCUCCGACUGGUAAACCGCUUCAACGAGCAGCGUUUUACUUCAAAGAAGCUCUCGGAUCGCUUUUAACCGGGUCGAACCGGAAUCAAAACCCGUUAACUCCAUGGACAGAGAUCGUUCAGAGAAUCAGAGCAAUCAAAGAAUUCUCCGGUAUAUCUCCGAUCAUUCUCUUCUCUCAUUUCACGGCGAAUCAAGCAAUCCUCGAUUCUCUAACCUCGCAACAACAACAAUCUUCUUCGACGUUCGCUCACGUAAUCGAUUUCGAAAUCGGAUUCGGAGGUCAAUACGCAUCGCUCAUGAGAGAAAUCGCCGAGAAAUCAUCAUCAAUCAUCGGUGGUUUUCUGAGAAUCACGGCGGUUGUAACGGAAGAAUCCGCCGUGGAGACGCGUCUCGUUAAAGAAAACUUAGCUCAAUUCGCCGCAGAUCUGAAAAUCCGAUUCCAGAUCGAUUUCGUUUUGAUGAGAACCUUCGAGAUGUUAUCUUUCAAAUCGAUUAGAUUCGUGGAAGGAGAAAGAACCGUCGUUUUGUUAUCUCCGGUGAUAUUCCGUCGUGUAAACGGAAUCGGUGGUUUCGUUAACGAGUUACGGCGAGUUUCGCCGAAGGUCCUCGUCUUCGUCGAUAGUGAAGGAUGGGAUGGAAUCUCCGGUGCUGGAUCGUUUCAGAGAGAGUUUGUUAGUGGUCUCGAGUUUUACACGGCGGUGUUGGAAUCUCUCGACGCCGCAGCAGCCGGAGAUUUGGUGAAGAAGAUGAUAGAUGCGUUUGUGUUGCGGCCUAAAAUCGCGGUCGCGGUUGAAACGGCGUGUAAGAGACGAGGCGGUGGAGAGAUGACGUGGCGAGAAGCGUUUUGUGCGGCGGGGAUGAGGUCGAUUCCGUUGAGCCAGUUUGUUGACUUUCAAGCUGAGUGUUUAGUGGAGAAAGCGCAAGUUAGAGGAUUCCACGUGGCGAAACGACAUGGAGAGUUGGUGCUUUGUUGGCACGAGAGGCCUUUGGUUGCCACGUCCGCCUGGCGGAUUUAA